GGCUGACACGGGUGAAUCAUACGCACAGCCGCUUCCGGGAUCCCCUACUCCUGCUCCAAUAUGGUGGAUGAGGCGACUCGCCGGGUGGUAUCGGAGAUUCCGCUGCUGAAAACCUUGGCGAGCCCGCGGGACAAAGAGCUGUGGGUGCAGCGGCUGAAGGAGGAAUAUCAGGCCCUUAUAAAGUAUGUAGAGAACAACAAGAAUGCUGACAACGACUGGUUCCGACUGGAGUCCAACAAAGAAGGUACCAGGUGGUUCGGGAAGUGCUGGUAUAUCCAUGAUCUGCUGAAAUAUGAGUUUGAUGUGGAAUUUGAUAUCCCCAUUACCUACCCCUCCACUGCUCCUGAAAUCGCCAUUCCCGAACUGGAUGGGAAAACAGCCAAAAUGUACAGGGGAGGAAAGAUCUGCCUGACUGAGCACUUUAAACCCUUAUGGGCAAGAAACGUUCCGAAGUUUGGGCUGUCGCAUGUCAUGGCUUUGGGGUUGGGCCCGUGGCUGGUGGUGGAGAUCCCGGAUCUGAUCAGCAAGGGGCUGGUGGAACAUAAAUCCAAGUAAACCUAGAACCCCCGCGGGACAGAUUUAACAUGAACUGAUCCAGACGGAUCCCCUGUGCCUACCUCUCUGCUGGAUACCGUGUCCGCUCCAUUCCAUAUCAUAAAGUUUUAUUUAUCAGAAUGCGGUAACAGCGAUGUCAUCCCCCCGGCACAAUAUUCCAACCUCUGGGGAGCCGAUAUAACUUUUAUAUAAUUCACGCCAUAAAUACGCUGCAUAAUAAACAGUAUUUUAAUGCUGA